AUGUGGUUCGACGGAGCAGGGAACUUCAAAGGAGUAGGAAUUGCGGUUGUCCUAGUUUUGGAAUCCGGACAGAACUAUCCAGCAUCGACAAAGAUAAGAUUCCUUUGUAUCAAAAAUAUGGCUGAAUACGAAGCAUGUAUCCUUGGGAUCAAAAUGACAGUCAACAUGAACAUCAAUGAACUUUUAGUCAUAGGGGUUUCCGAUCUAUUGAUACACCAAGUCCAAGGGGAGUGGUCUACCAAAAAUGUCAAGAUCUUUCCGUACUUGCACUGUGUAAAAACGUUAUGCAAGUUCACAAAGAUUGACUUCAAGCACAUUCCCAUGAUUCAGAACGACUUUGACGAUGUCCUUGCAACUACAUCAUCCAUGAUUCAGCAUCAAAACAAGAACUAUAUCGACCCUAUUGAGGUAGAGAUAACGGAUCAAUAUGACUACUACUUUUACAUAGAUGAAGAGCUAGAUGGUAAACUGUGGUACCACGAUGUCAACGGGUUCCUCGAAAUAAGAGAGUAUCUGGAGAAUGCUAAUAAUAGUCAAAAGAAAGCUCGCAAGAGGCUAGAAAAUCACUUUUUCCUUAACAGGGAAGUCUUGUUACAGGAGGACUCCAGACUUGGGUUUGUUGAGAUAUGUAGAUGCCACCGAGGCAACCAGAUUAUUGGAAGAAAUACAUGA